CUUUGUCCAUUCCCUCGUCGCUGUCACGAGCAGCCGCUCUCUGUCAUACAUAAAUAUCUCGUACAGAAAGAAAACAUUCAUCGAACUGCUGCACAGCACCAAAGCAGACCUCAUUCGUAACAUAAGUAAGAACCACCAGUCAGUGUGAUGAUAUAAAGAGUGUGACUCUUGAUAUUCAAGCGACGAUCAGAUAAGCACCGAACCGCAAUUAGUACCAGUAGCAGCGAUCGUUCCCAAUCAUCAUCUACCCCACAUGUCACUGAUCUCCACUGGUGCUGAGGACCAACAACGACCAUUGUCGUCGUCGUCUUUAUCGUCAUCUAAAUGAACCGGACAAUCGCGGCCUAAUUUCUCCUACGCACUAUAUUUUGGACUUGCAUUCUGCGGCGGCCUUGAGAGCGCAAUAGCAUAACUUGCACUGCACAUAGCCUAUAGGAGAUGCUGUCGAGACUGCUGUACCUGCUGCUGUUGGGUCUGAGUGUCCAUCACCACCAGGCCGGCAUCGAAGCCAGCACGCACUGGUUGCUAAAUACCAACGGGCAGAUCAUUCCACAGCUAACGUCGCCCUUCUACCUGCGCCGAUCGUACGACCUGAUCGCGUUCCUCAACCAGAAUGUCUACAAGCAGAAAAUAGAUCUGAUCAUCAGCGAACUGCUGGCGAUCAAGUCGAAUCUCACCGCCAAGAUGAACAACCUGGACGCCUACACCAAUGACCUGACGACGAAGAUCGGCUGCAUACCGAACUUCUACCUGGACGAGUCGGACAUCCUCAGUACGAUCAUCAACAUGAACUACAUCAACCGGAUCACGAUACCGGACAAAGGAUCGGCUGCGGCAGGGGCGGCCAGUUCCAAGGCUGUCGCGGCCAAGGGGAAAGUUCCUUCGCCCAAGUGUGGCGACUACAUGAAGCUGGACUUCAGCGUGGGCAGUUUCGAUCACCUGGACGGGAUCUACAAUCGAUCGCAGCUGAAGAUGGUCCCAGAGGACAUGUUCAAAUCAUUGGAAUUCUACGUACCUUCGGUCAAAUCUGCGCAAGCCCUGGCGGAAGAUUUGCGGAAGAACCCCAGCUCCUGGAAGUAUCAUACGAUCGCCUCCUACUAUUGGCGAAAAAAGGGCAACGCUCGGGAAGCUCUGGAAUGUGCUCGGCGAGCGGUGGUGCUGGCACCACGAAAGUACAAAGACAUCGCGCUGCUCAGUAUGGGUACUGUAUUGCAGCGAUCGCAGUGCCUCAAUGAUUCGCUGGUUGUGCUGAGGGCGGCCGUGGAUCAUGAACCGAACGAGCCGGAAAAUCAGAUGGCACUGGGAAAUACGUAUAUGCUACUGUCGGAGUUCAACCGGUCGUUUGAGGCCUACAAGGCGGCCGAGAGUUUGGACUCCGUUUAUGCCGAGCAUAAUGACUACAUUAAAAAGUCGAUCAACUGUUUCAAGGAUCUCAAAAUUAAUCUGUUGACGAUGGAAAGAUUACUUCAAGACAUCAUUCCCGGCUUGGAGCGAUACGGAGCUCUUCAAAAAGAAUUCGAUGAAUAUCAUGAAAAACUUGAUCGGGAGCAGGCUCCCCUGAAAACGCGCGUCUUCGACGAAGCCUACAGCAAACAGGUGGACUUCCUGAUCCAGCGCAGUCAAAUCUGCACCACCCGGAUGACGAAGGAGAAGAGCGAACCCAUCCUGUCCUGUGAUUUCAUCUCCGACGUGCAGAUGCUGAUGGAGGACUUUGCCGUGGAGAUCCUCAACAACUAUGUGGACCUCAAGAAGGAACUGAUCAAUACGUACAAAAUCAACUCGCUCGGAAUCUACAAGAAGAUUUUCGUCGAGCAUUUCUGAUGGCCGGGGAUGAACUGGUCUGUUAACUGUUAGUUUGAGUUGUUUCAUUUGUUGAAACUGUAGUUUCUUUUGAAUUAUUCUCAGUGCUCUUUUUUGUGACGUUUAUUUAUUAAAAACUCAAAGAAACAUC